AUGCUCAUUCAGUUCUUUCAAAUCUAUAGUGAAUAUGCUUCAUGUGAUUUCUAUGCUGUUGGUGAAUCCUAUGGUGGUAAAUAUGUCUCAGCCAUUGUCAACAAAAUUUACAUAGAGAAUCAUCAAGCCAAAUUGAAAAAUAAUCUCGAGGGCAUGGCCAUCGGUGAUGAUUUAGUUGAUGCCUAUAACCAUGCUGACCGCAUCAUUUGGAAGGUGAAAGAAGAUGACCAAGAUGUCGCUGGUUAUCUCAAACGAGCACAUUCUUUCUUUUUAGCUUGGGUUCGUAAUGCUGGUCAUUCUGUUCCCUAUGAACAACCGCGAGUAGCCUUUGAACUUAUCGAUCGUUUCAUUUCUGCUUCAUGA